UCAUAAAACAUGUCAUAGCAAAAAAGUUAGGUUCGAAAAAGUGGUUCACUAUUUUGAAAUUUGAAUUCAAACAAAAAUUGUAUUUAGUAAUCAAAAAAAUGAUUUCUCAACCAAGAAAAGUACAGGGAUAUAACGUUAUUUCAGUGAAACUAUCCCAAGAUACCAGCACAUCCCGGGACUUCUUCGUAAAACCAAACUCCGCGAAAUUCGCAAGAAAAGACAGACCUGCAGAUAGAACUUUGUUUGUCCAAAACAUCCCUCCAUACCUAUCUGAAGAAGCUUUAAAAAAAUUAUUCACACUUACAAAUGAACCUCAUUCUGUGCAAAUUGAAAACUCUUCACAAGGUUGUGGUAAGGUGGCUUAUGUAGUAUUUAACACUCAGGAACAAUUUAAGAAGGCUUUGAAUGCAAAUAGCUUAACCCUUGGUGACUUUCCUUUACAUGUUGGCUUAGAAAAAUGGAUUUCUGAGUAUAACAACUCGAUAGUUGACCACAACAAACUUUCCACUGAAAUUACUAAGUUAAUGCAGACAUUUGAUAAACAGGAAGCAGCUGAAAAGAAAAAGACAACAGAAGUUGACGAUGAGGGCUGGACAGUUGUAACUGGAAAGGGACGCAACCCUGCAGUAGCAAAUAAGGCGAGCACCCAAAUUAAGCUGAACAAAAAGGUGGAGGAAGGCAAAAAGAAGAAAGAAUUGAAGAACUUCUAUUCCUUCCAGAUAAAAGAGAGUAAAAAGAAGAAUUUAGAGGUUUUGAAAAAAAAUUAUGAAGAGGCUAAGAAAAAAGUUAACUUAAUGAAGAGUCAGAGGAGGUUUAAACCUUAUUAAGGCACUGUUUAAUAUUUGUACUGAGUGUAAAAGAUUAUUUUUUAUUAUAAGUUUGUAGUUUUA